CAACGCGGAACACAGUGACGUUUGGUGAUUUUUCGGUUUAACACAGACCGGUGAUAUUUUUAACUGUAGUAUUUAUUUAUGAUUUCAGCCAUGUUUGUCAGGCAAUGAAAGUGCCGUUUAUGCCACUCCGCCUUAAAGACAUCGAAGAAAGCGGCGCUUCAUCGUCAGCAUUUCAGUGUGGGAUCAGCUGUGUUUGUGGCGAUGGCUGUCCUGUUUGCGGUGGUGGCUCGAGGAUCCACUGUCCUGGCUAAACACGCCUGCUUCUCUGGAAACUUCCUGGAGGUGACGGAACAGAUCCUGGCCAAAAUCCCCUCGGAAAACAACAGGCUGACGUAUUCCCACGGCAGCUAUCUCUUCCACUACAUCUGCCACGAGAGGAUCGUGUAUCUGUGCAUCACCGAUGACGAGUUUGAGCGCUCGCGUGCGUUCGGGUUCCUGAAUGAGGUGAAGAAGCGCUUCCAGACCACCUACGGCUCGCGAGCUCAGACUGCGCUGCCCUACGCCAUGAACAGCGAGUUCUCCAGCACGCUGGCUGCGCAGAUGAAACAUCACUCGGAUCCCAAAGGCUCAGACAGACUGACUGAAACACAGAUGCAUGUAGACGACUUGAAAGGCAUUAUGGUCCGGAACAUCGAUCUCGUCGCUCAGAGAGGAGAGAGACUUGAGCUGCUCAUCGAUAAAACAGAGAACCUGAUGGAUUCUUCCGUCUCCUUUAAAACUACGAGCCGUAAUCUGGCCCACGCCAUGUGUAUGAAGAACCUGAAGUUAACCGUCAUUGUCGUAGUAGUGGUGCUGGUGGUGCUGUAUUUUAUCGUGACGGCCGCGUGUGGAGGAUUCAGCUGGCCGAACUGUCGGAAGCAGUAGAUUCUCCCUCAGUAUGUGAGCGCACUCGUUCUGCUCAUCUGACUAGAGCCUCACAAACACAGCACAGCACUGAACUCCUGCUGUGUUUCCGGUGCUGUUCCAAACAAUACUUCAGCAUCAUCGCCUUCCCAUGUUGAUCGCUAUCGGAUAUUUUUGAGUCUUUGGGUUCUUUUCACCAUGUUGUAAUGCAGUUCAUCUACAUGAAGAAUUUAAGGGGAUUUAUUCUGUUUAGUUUUAGAAAGUGCCAUAAAAGUAUCAUAAAAGUUGUCCGUAUGACUUGUGCACUGUAUUCAGUGUUUACUAUACAGUGUAUACUAGCUUUAUGUGAGGAACGAAACUGAAGUCAUUAUUGACCUCUUCAUUAUUGUAGAGCUUAAUUCUCAUUUGCUGUUGCAUUUUGCAGACGCUGCACAUGCCAGUCUGUCACAUUACAUGCGGGACACAUCCAAAUGUACAUUUUUUAACACAUUCAUUAUUAUUAUUAAAGUACAAAUAGUUAGUUGAGAUAUUUAAGUACUUGAAUAGUGAAUUUCAGUUGGGUUUGUUUCUUCCACAAAGCUAUUGUAAGACUUGGCAUAUCGUGUGUGUGUGUGUUAUGGACUACUUUUAUGAUACACCAGUUUUAUGAUCUGUGUCCUAUUUUAUUGCAUGGAAAAGCAGUGUAAAUCAUCCACUAACCUCCUCGGUUUUGUGUGUUUCAUGGAGGAAAGUAAAGCAGGACUGGAACGACAUGAGGCUGAGAAUAUGAGUGCAUGACUUUUCUAGUUUUUGGUGAACUACUCAAGCCAGCGGUUACUAAUCCUCUUCAUAACUUACAGAGCAAUGAAAUAGAAACUGAUGAGUUUUGAGAGCGAUGACCUGGCACUUGUGUUUGCGCUGUUUUAAUUAGGUUUGCUUACAACAGUCAUGAUAUGUAUGUAAUCAUUUACAUUUAUAGUUAGCUUACUAAAUGUAUUUUCUACAGAAUGAACUAAUGUCAGUCACCAAGAUUGUGAUUGAUUGAUUAUUGAGUAGCAUAUGAAGUAGUUUGUCUACUUUACAGUAGUCGUGUGAUAUUGUUCGCACAGCGCAGAGCUAAUUGAAUUCAAAAACUGCAUGUUUUUGGGUGAAUCUCGCAAAACCUGUCAAUGUUUCAGCCUAAAUUAACGAGCAAAUUAUAUUGUGCGUAAAGAAAAUGAAGCUGGAUCAUGAUGAGGCCUUGUUAUUUUUCAUUGACGUAUUGAGCACAUUUUCCUAAAAUUAUCACAUGAAAAAGAAAUAAUGAAUCAUGUAUAAGCUUCUAAUUCUCACAUGAAAUACAACAGAUACACAGAAUAGUAAACAACCAUGUAUAGAAAACAGAAUAUAGAGCUACAUCCAAGUAUAGAGUGUGAUGUGCAGGAAUGGAGCCAGUAUGUACAGGCAAUGUGAAUACAUUUGAAUUUACAUAUUGUAUUUAAGCUUAAAGUGCUGUGAAAAGUUUGUACACCAUAAAAAGUGGUUUUGUUUUCCCCCCCCAGCAUAUUGAGACAUACAAAAGACACUUGGAAUGUACAUUUUGUAAUGAUGUGUACAGCUUAAAUAAACAAAAAUGCCUAUA